AUGGAGAGAGAGAAAGCCAAACUAAGACAACAGAUUCUUGCGGGAGAGAACGACAUCAACACAUUGAGCGGGUUUGCCGCCAGUGGAAAGGGUCAGAUACCCAAUCACACUCUUCCUCCGCACCUCCAGAUGGGUACAAAUGGAUACUCAAAUGGUCCAUAUGGUGCUAAUACUCAGCAAUACGACAAUCAUGAUCUUCUCACACCCGUGAACGCACCGGGAGGAUAUUCCGGUACGCCUCUGGGAAAAGCAUCAAUAACAUCUACGUCCAGUAGGUCGAUGCAACGAUUUUUCCGGCGCAAGGGUGGUGAUUCAGUUGCAUUCGAUGAUGAGAAUGGUGCUGACAUUUCUGACGUAGCAGCCGAUGUCUCUUUUGCCGAUAUAGCACACAUUCGAGGUAAUGGACGCUAUAACACUUCUUCCAUGGCCCAGUCCUUGGAUACUUUACCGAUCAUUCCGGUUCUUGGGUCCAUGAGCGGUGCAACCAGCACAAAGAAUUUAAACAACAUCCAAUACAGAAAGUACAUGAAUCAGCAGAAGAAGAUGAAUUUGGCCAACAGCGCACGUGCUAUGUCACUUGCUGGCAGCAAUCAGGCACAUCUGAUGGUCAGUGAUCCAAGGGCCAUGUCGUUUGGUGGUCCCCAAGAUGGAAGGACUAUGUCGUUUGGACCUCAAAAUGGCAGAGCACAAUCUCUCGGUGGCCAGAUGAACCAGAUGCCUAACGGUCCACGUGCAAUGUCUCUCAAUUCAAAUAUAAUGUUGCGUAAUCAGGGUCCGGGUCCAGGUCAGGGUCCAGGUCAGGGUCCCAUGUACAGACGGGGCCCAGGUAUGAACAUGGGCCAAAUGAAUCCUAACGGCAAUCCAAACUUUGGUCCCAACCCGGGCCAAAUGAAUCCUAACGGCAAUCCAAACUUUGGUCCCAACCCGGGCCAAAUGAUGAAUUCUAUGUACAACCAGAUUAACGUGGGCCAGGCUGGAAAUCGGAUUCCCGGGGUUCCUCACAACCAACAGUUUAGAGGUAAUUUACCUAACAACCGCAAUAACUCAUUGGGAGGUAUGCCUGGUGGAAUGCCUGGUCAACAUGGCCAAUCAACAGGAUAUCCUGGACAAAUGGGACAAAUGGGUCAACAAGGAGGUUACCCGGGCUAUUCCCAGAUGAACCCUAGAACCCAAUCACUUACGCAAAGCGGUGCAUAUCCUCCAAUGGGACAGAGAGCGCAGUCACUCACCCAAGGUGGUGCUUAUCCUCCAAUACAGAAAAAGAUGGGCGUACGUCCAAUUGGACAACAAUCGAACGACGCUUACCAACAGAACCCCGAGUAUCAGCUUCAUCACGACAGUCUCGAACAUCUCCACCUCCGCCCUCCUCAGCAAAGCAGCAGCUCGAACUCUAACACCAAUUCCAAAGAUUCAUUAAUGGGCGUGGUGGAAGAAGACGAAGAAAAGGAAGAAUUGAAUUUAAAUGAGGAGGUUGAACAACAGGGCCACAAUGACCAGUCUUUACCUUUAGCUGAUGACACGUUGAACGAAGAUGGUGCGAAUGAUGAAGAUGUUGUCUACAAGUUUGAGAAUGACCCCAAUAGCCCUCAGUUGUCUAGAAAAUCCACCAUCAAGAAGUCCAACUCCAUGAGAGUUCGGCGUUUGGAUUUGUUCAAGUCAUCGACACCAGCCACUACUGAAGAGCCUACUGCAGACAUCGAAAGGAAUGACCCUUCUUUUGGUUUGGAUAAGAUCGGCGACAGAACAUCAAAGAAGCUGGCAGUCGAUGAAAAUGACGAGGAAGUCAAUCAGCAUAUUGCAUCACAGGCAACUAAGUUCAAAGCUUUGGGAGCCUCUUCAGAAGAUAAGGAUCAAUUUGUUACAGCACCUGAAUUCCGUUCUCCGCGCAAGAAGCCGCCUCCUCCAAUAGAUAGCUUCGAAGUUAAGAACGAGGCCUUUGGGAAAAAAGAGAAGAUCGAAAAAUCCUUGCCAGAUAUUCCAUCAGAAGAAUCCGCACCACCAUCUCCCAAUAUUCUGAUGAUCUCACAACCAAGAUCGAAGUUUGCCAAAGAAUCUUAUCAUUUGCACGAACGCCAUGCAUCCAAGGAUAGUAUUGACUCAAAGAAGAGACCUAUCCGCUUGAGAAGUUUGGUAGCAAACACCGCAUUCAGCAAUUUCAGAUCUCCCUCUAUGAGCUCUCAAAGCAAGUUCGAGCUGGAUUCUAGACCCAGCAGCGAAACCGAACAACCAAAUCUAGAGAAAACCUUCAACAAAUUUGACGAGCCUCACGUAGAGGACUUUGGACAGCCAGAUGACCUCUCUGAUCGAUCGCAUACUGCUCUUCAGAACUCAAUUGAGGAUAAUCGAGGUGAAAAAGAAUACAAGGAACCAUUCUCCGAUGAACAUGUCCUGUCAAAAACUGAACAAUAUUUACAGCAUAGCAGCACAACUCCUGAUGAGUUUGUACAAUCAACAGAAACGAAUUUGAAUGACUUAAAGCAACCGGACUUGAUGACCUCAUUCGCUCCUCCGCAUGUUGAAAAGAACUAUAGUGAAACAGAGAGCCAAAGUUCUGUGUAUUCCACGGAUACUCCUCAGGAAGCUCGUUGUGCUGAUCUGGUAUCUCCUUCUUCGGAGCAACAUUCACAUAAUCUCGAACCCACCAAGAUUGGUUUAUCUAAAGAUGACCUCAAUAAAUCCAAGGCUGAACUGGAAUCAAUACCAAGACUAGCCCCUAACACAAUGUUAGAUACAAUUCACAAUGAUGGCAGUGCUGGAUUGUUGCCAGAGAGACUCAUGGGACAGGAGAGGACUCUCGAGACUCUCGAAGAGAAAAACAGUCCAGUAAGAGAAUUUGCAAAUAGUCACGGCAGACAACUGAGUAUGAGCAAGAGUCGCGACGAUCCUGAUGCUCUAAAUAGCAGCGAGUUCGCUGACCAUGUGUCUCAUACGGGAUCAAGCAGGGCAACCUCUGAUACUCGAGUGGAUGUCACUCCAGGACGGACUUUUGAGAAUCGCAAUUCAAUCGACCGUUCAAUCAGGUUGACUGAUGGAAUGAAGACUCCCGAGAAUCUCUCAAGAAGACCCCUGAGAAACCUCCCAGAGGACUGUCUCACGCCAUUGAUACAGAAAAGAACUUCUGCAAUUUCCAGAUCAAACUCGGAGUUGAAAAUGCAGGGCCUUCUUCCCUCCAGUGGUUUGUUAAAGGGGGGAGAAUUGGAAUCUUCUCACGGUUCUGUCGUGGAUCAACAGGACUCUAAGCGCAAGUCGAGAACUUCAUCGAUUUCUACGAAAUCCAAGAGUUUCAUCAAGAGAUUAUCUAGAUCAAGUUCCAAGAAGGCAUUUGGAGAGGAUGGUUCCUACGACGAACCAAGUCCAUCUUUUGGCUCCAGAGUUGCAUCGAAUUCAUCUCUUAAAGAGCCCAGAAAGCCACUAGUAUUUACAAAGGAGGAAUUGGCGAUAAUGACGACUAAUAAUGAUUUGCAGAACGAAUUGCAAAUUGUUACAAGUGAGCUUGCAAUGUCGAUCAAGAGAGAACUUGCCUUGGAGAAGCAUUUGAGAAAUGGACAGUAUGGAAUCGACGCUUCAGACAGUCAAACAUACGAAGAAGAAUCUACCGAGAAGGCCUCGAUCAUCGCAGAUCUUCUGGAAAAAUUGAAUAAUGAAAGAAGACUUCGUUUCAUCAGCGAGGAACACGCCAUCCUCUCCGAGCACGGCCAAACACCUAGUGCAUUGAAGCUUGAUUACGAGAAGAAUGAAAUUUACAAACAACUUCUCGCUAAAAACGAUAUGGUGAAUCAGCUUCAGGACAGAUUGGACGAAAUAGAAAAUUCAGGGACCUCGGAUAGUGGGCAGGGAAUGUUGCACAAGUAUAACGAUCUCUUAAGAGAGAACUCUGAAUUGAGGUAUAGGUUGGAGAAUGCUCUAGCAAGUUCUGAACAUCACGAUGCGUCGGAUAUGUCAUUCACUCAUGGUGAUAGCAGCAACGAAUACGAUCAAGCACAGAUAAUUUCCUUGCGUACCCAAAGAGACGAGUUGCGGGAGAUGCUCACCAAGUUGACAUCGUCGCAGAACAUGGAGUUAAAAAUUGCCCAGGAUAGGAUCAAAAUAUUAGAGGACAAGCUCCAGAAGGUCAACAUGAUCAACGAUAAGUUGAGUAGACGGCUUGACAGAGGUAGUGAUCAUGGCCAGAGCAACGAAUACUCACGCGAUGCGAUGUUCACGAGUGGACAAGGAGGUAAGCUUCUGGGGUUUGAUAUUGUGUCUCCUCGGAAAAAAUUUUAUGACGAGUAA